CCACCUCUUCCUGUCUCUAUGGUGCCUGUCAGUCAGUCACGUCUCUCCGCCCACUCGCUUCCUGACAGCCGGCGAAAGUUCUCCGCCCUGUGUGGCGUCACUGGGAGGCCGGCUCUGGAACACUGCGAAGGCAAGAUGGCGGCCACCACGGUCUCGGGCGUUAAAGUUCCUCGUAAUUUUCGACUUUUGGAAGAACUUGAAGAAGGCCAGAAAGGAGUGGGCGAUGGUACGGUUAGCUGGGGGCUUGAAGAUGAUGAAGACAUGACACUCACGAGAUGGACUGGCAUGAUUAUCGGACCUCCUAGAACAGUUUAUGAAAACCGAAUAUACAGCCUUAAAGUAGAGUGUGGUCCCAAAUACCCAGAAUCACCUCCAUUUAUUAGAUUUGUAACAAAAAUUAAUAUAAAUGGAGUCAAUAAUUCUAAUGGAGUGGUGGACCCCAGGACCAUAUCCGUUCUAGCAAAAUGGCAGAAUUCCUAUAGCAUCAAAGUUGUACUCCAAGAAAUGCGGCGUCUAAUGAUGUCCAAAGAAAAUAUGAAAUUACCACAGCCCCCUGAAGGACAAUGCUACAGUAACUGAGAAAAUCAAAAAAAAAAAUAAAAAAUCACAAAAAUUGAUAAAAAAUAAACGGGGGGGGGGGAAAAAGAAACCGAAAGGAAACAUUCAUGCCCAAUGUAAAAAAAAAUAAUAAUUAAGCUUUCUUCAUUUUCCACAGUAGUAAAUUUUCUAGAUACAUCUUGUAGGCCUCAAAGUACCGCAAAAAAUUUAAAAUGAAGUUCCAGAGAUAAAAAUCAGUAUAACUUAAGACUGUAAAACUUUACUAAUAUUUUAUUUUUUCCUCCCUUCCCCCCCUCUCCGUUCCCAUCCGAUAUCUGAGUCGUGCUGUCAGGUCUAACCACUGUCUAAAUAGUUUUGACUUCUGGUGUCAAGAAAAAUCUAUUUAAAUUUAUUACUGUACGAGAGGAGUGUGGCACAUUAACUCGACUGUGAAAACGUGUAUCACACAAUCACAUUGCUGCAGAAUUUAUUUUUUUUUCUCUUUAUUUUUUUCCUUUUUUUUUUUUCUUGGGGCCUGGUUUUAUUUUCUUGCUUUUGACUUGUAGUUAACGAGCUGUUCAUGAGUCCCACAAAUGUCCCUGUACCUGCUCCCCUUCACCUGCCCUCCCCCCCUCUCUAUUUUUAUGUGUGCCUAGCUAUAAACUGGGCUUCAUGGACUACUAAUGAGAAUGCGUGCUAACAUGGGUCAUCCCUCCCUUUGUGUUCUCUUUAAUAAAUGCUGAAUGUGGCA